AAAGAUAACUAACACAAACAAGUCGUUAUGUAAUUAGUUUGAGCUUGAGUUUAGUAAAAUAUGUUGUUUGUUUGGCUUGUUUUAAUUAUUUUCCAUUGUGUGGAAGGAGUUUCGGUUAUUGUAGUUGGAGCGGGGGCUUCCGGAAUUGCCGCAACUGCGAAACUUUUGGAUAAUAACGUUACAAAUGUGACAAUUCUGGAGGCGGAAAAUUUAAUGGGGGGAAGGGUCUGGACUGUUAGUUUUGGAAAUGGUUUGGUGGAACUAGGGGCUGAAUAUUGUACCGGACAAAAGGGGAAUUUUGUUUACGAAGUUGCCCAACAUUUAUUAGAACCAAGUGAAGAAUUAUUUGCACAUAACGUCUACUAUUCAAACGGUACUAAGCUCGAUGUUGCCCUAAUGAAUGAAUUGGUACCGCUUAUUUACGAAUUUAAUAAACAAAGUAAUGAAACUUUUGAUUCUAAGGGAAAGUCUUUGGAAGAUUUAUUCUACCACAGACUGAACUCGACUGUGGUUCAAAAAUACAAAAAUGAUGAGGAGAAAUUAAGGAUUGUGCUGAAAGAGUUUCCACGACAUGCUGAAACGUACAUUGCGCCAACUGAAGGUGCCUUCACUUGGUCGGAUAUAUCUGUAGAUAAGGACUACCAAGAGUGUGAAGGACACCCAAUGGUUUGGAAAAAAGUGGGCUACAAAACGAUUUUUGAUUUUCUCUUGAAAAAACACUCAAUCGAAGACAAACUCCACUUGAAUUCAAAAGUGACUCAAAUCAAUUGGAACCAAAGCGAACUUGUCACAGUCUACACUUCUGAUAACAAAUCGUACUCUGCCGAUUUUGUCAUCUUCACCCCAUCCGUUGGAGUCUUAAAACACGAGAAAACUUUAUUUAAUCCGCCUCUCCCGUCUUCAAAACAGCAAAGUAUCAAAGCCACCGGUUUUGCUGGAGUCAUGAAAGCAUUCGUCCAGUUCCGAACAAAAUGGUGGCUUGACAACGACACCGAAUUUUCCUUCCUCUGGAGCGAGAACGACUUGAAAAACACUUCGUUCACAUCAGGACCCAGCAAAAACGGGAUUCCUUGGGUGUCCCAAUUGACCGAUUUCCUGAAAGUUCCGCAUAAUCCUAAAGUGUGGGUGUGGUGGAUCAGCGGAGACUUAAUCCACGAACUUGAGAAACUUCCUCCAGAAACAAUGAAAGCGGGUUUUGUCUACGUCUUGGACAAGUUUCUCGGGAAAAAUUACAACGUUUCUGAGAUUGAGGCAAUUGUGACGCCGAAAUGGUACACAAAUGAACAUUUCCGGGGGGUUUACUCGUUCACCAAAACCGGAUUUUACGAAAAAGGGUUCUCGCACCAGGAAAAACUGGGAGAGCCUUUGGUGGGAGUUUCGGGAAAGCCGGCGGUGUUGUUUGCAGGAGAAGCCACAAAUCGGGUUCAUUAUGCGACCGUUCAUGGGGCCAUUGAGACGGGAUUUCGGGAAGCUGGACGAAUUAUUCAAACUCUUUGACUUUGUUUUUUAUUAAUCAGCAAAAACUACAUGACAUGACCUUUAUUACAUCACAUUCAAAUUUUGUAACAAAUUCAUAAACAUUUCAUCAGUUUUGAUAAAUCCUUGAGCGGAAGAUUUGAUUAUUUUACAUUUUUUAGGAGAACCUAUAUUUAGAAUGGAAUUUUCUAAAUUUACUUGACAUAUAAUUGGUAAAACACAAAUUAAUGCUGAAUAAUUGAAAAAAUUGUUUAUCAGACAAAUCUUUUUUUUUUCUCAUUGAUGAGCAAAUACCGCAUAUUCAUGGAGGCCCGGAGACUAAAUCUGCCUAAGAAAUAAAAAGUAUUACUGUCUAGUUAUAAAUAAUUAGAUAUUUUUUGUGUCUUUUUCGCAAAAAAUUGCCUAUUUUAAUGUCUCCUUCCAUAAUAUUCCUUCAAUAAUUUUUAACACAGUUUAACACUGAAAAAAAAACAUCAGCUAAUGCAUUCGCACCCCGAAUCUAGUACACCAAAUUUCCGCAAUUUUUUUUUGAUUUCCUAAUGAUUUUUUCUGAUUUUUCUAUAUCUUUCAGUUUUAGUAUUUAUUGAACAGACGGUAUAAAAAAGUUUUUGUUCAGUCUACGUCAAGGAUUUCUCCACUUUGUGAUUUGUUUGAGUUUGCUUUCUUGAUGUAAUGUAAAAUUUGCUAUUUGAAUAAUAAAUUUCUGGUCCAUAUAGAGAGGAAAAUCUCCAGACUUAAAAGUAAAUUGCUAUCAGAUCAAUACGUUAUUUAUUUAGUUCCAAUUUUUGAUAAUAACACCUAAAAUAAAAGAUCUAGCUCAAAAUUAUCUUUAAUUUCACGAUCUUAGCAAAGACGAAAGCAGUGUUUUUUAGAUAGCAGUUAGUUUGGAAAUUAUUUUUUCUAAUUAGUUUUUUGUCUUGCAGCGUAAAAAUUUAAAAAGAAACUAAAGCAUCAAAUUGAAAUGUAUUUAGUACGAUAUAAUAAAAAUUAAUUUGUUUUUUC